AUGCCGUUCCUUGAUAAUAUCGAUGAUGGCAAGUCCUAUUCUGAGAUGUCGGGCCUGCUCGAUGCGCGCCUUCUCAAAGCCCUUGAUGUUAUGGGCUUCGAGAACAUGACACCAGUACAGCAAAUGGUGCUGACCCAGUUGCCCAGCUUUCAAUCUGAUUGUCUCGUCCAAGCCAAGACAGGAACCGGCAAAACUGCCGCCUUCCUCCUGCCAUGUUUGCACACACUCUUGAACUCGCGCAGGCCCCUCCCGAAGGGUCAAGUUGGCCUGCUCAUUAUUUCGCCUACCCGCGAGCUUGCCCUACAGAUAGCCAAAGAAUGCGAUCAGUUGACUUCUCAACUUGGAGAGAACAAGUUAGAGUGUCAUGUUGCCUUCGGCGGAAGUCACAGAGCUAGCAACUUGGCCAGGUUCAUGAACGGAUCACCCUCUAUCCUCGUCGCCACCCCAGGUCGACUGAAAGACUACUUGUCCGAAAGCAACGUGGUUAGCAAGUUUGCUGAUGUAAGAACAGUAAUCUUGGACGAAGCCGAUACUAUGCUCGAGAGUGGCUUCCUCACUGACGUGAGAGAGAUCCUCAAACUCCUGCCACCCAAAAGUGCAGGAUGGCAAGCUGAACCUCCCACGUUGGAUAAGGUUCCUCAGUAUCAUGUCAUCAUGCCGUCGGUCAUCGACACGUUCAACACACUAGCAUCUCUUCUCAAUCACGAGCUCACACCCGAAUCAAAAGCCAUCGUGUUUGGCGUUACUGCAAACAUGGUCGCGCUGUAUAGCAAUCUCUUUGCACAAAGACUUACGUCGCUCAGAGUCUUCGAGUUGCACUCCCGACUGAGCCAGAACGUCCGCACCCGCACUACGAACGAGUUCAAAACCGCCACUUCUGGGAUCAUGUUCGCUUCCGAUGUUAUUGGCAGAGGUAUGGACUUUCCCAACGUGGAUCUCGUUGUACAGGUUGGACUUCCUUCAAGUGCUGAACAAUAUAUUCAUCGGGUGGGUCGUACUGGAAGAGCGGGCAAUACAGGCCGAGCCAUCAUCCUACUCACUCAAGCAGAAUCUUUCUUCAUCGCUGCCAAUCGCCGCCUACCUAUUCAGCCACACCCACAGACUGCCACGAUUGUGAGCAAUGCAACCACUUAUGCCCCGCAAGUCGAGCAAGCCAUGUAUGCUAUCGAAGAGACCGUCAAACAGCGGGCUUACUCUUCAUUCUUGGGCUUCUUUGCGGGCUCUGGUCUACUUAAACCAUUGCGUAUGGACAAAGUUGGUCUGGUACGGAUGGCAAAUGACAUGGCGACGAAAGGCAUGCACUGUCCGGAGCCGCCAGCUAUGGAGAAGAAGACGGUAGGGAAAAUGGGUCUGAAGGGUGUGCCAGGGUUCAAUUAUGCUUCUGCAAAUGCAGCUGCUGGAGAUAACCCUGCUCAGCCACCACGAAGGCCACGCCCUAUCAACAAGGAAGGAUCGAACGGGAGUCGGAAUGUAUUGAGCCCAAAGUCGGGCGGCACAGGAGCGGUAAAGAAGAAGCCGUUCAGAGGUGCAAGGAGAGGAGGAGGAAAGACUGGUACGGAUUGA